AGUUGGAAGCGCCAUUCCGAGCAGUGUUUUCAGUCGACUGGUGGCAAAUCAAGCGAACGGUCAACUAGGAAAAUGUUCGUCAGCAGAGGAGUCCUUGUGCUGGGAGUGCUGCUGAUAUCGGCAAUCGGUGGCCGCUCUGAAUCGAUCCCCUGCAAACUGAAGGAUGAGAAGCACGGCAAGGUGUGCGUCUGCACGGCGGACUACUGUGACUAUCUGGAUAAUCCUGUCCUGACAGAGGACAACGAAUGGUUCUUGAUCUCCAGCUCCAAGCAGGGCUUGCGAUUCUCCACAACCAGUGAUAAAUUCGGCACUGGGGAGAAAGUCACGGUGCAGGAUUAUGUGGAGCCUGCUCCAGAGGCCGCGAAUGGAACGAUCCUGUCCCGCCUGCUCGAUAAGGUGGUGGCCAGCGCUUUCACCUUGGAGUCCCGAGAGAGCUCCAUCACCCGCACGGUGACCCUGCGAUUGAAUAGGACCAAGACCUACCAGAAGAUGGUUGGUUUCGGGGGCAGCUUCACCGGAGCCGUGUCCUACCUGGUGGAGAACUUCAAGCAGUCGGAACUGAGUGACCAUCUCUACAAGUCCUUCUACGCGGAGGAGGGUCUGGGAUUCAAUCUGAUGCGCGUUUCGAUUGGCGGCUGUGACUUCGAUCUGGAGGCCUGGUCCUACGCCGAGGAGGAGGGCAACACCCUGCUCUCGGACAUGGACGAACUGGACGAGCGUGAUGUGGAGCGAGUGGCGCAGAUCAAGCGCCUCAUCGAGGUGUCCGGCGUGAAGAAUCUGCUGGUCAAAGGCGCCGCCUGGAGUGCCCCGCCCUGGAUGAAGACCAACAGUAGGUGGACAGGAUUCGGGCGCCUCAAGAGGGCCUACUACCAGACCUGGGCCGACUACCACCUGCGCUGGAUUAAACUGAUGGAGGACAAUGGCAUUCCCAUCUGGGCCAUUUCCACGGGCAAUGAGCCACUGAAUGGAAUUUUCUUCAUGUAUUUCGUAAAGUUCAUGAGCAUGGGUUGGACGCCACAGACCCAGGCCAUUUGGCUGAACGAUUAUCUGGGCCCCACCAUCCGUAACUCCGAGUUCAAGGACAUCAUCCUGUUUGGCAAUGAUGACCAACGCUACUCCUUCCCGCACUGGUUUAAAAUGAUGAACCGUACUCGCCCUAACUCGAUUGAUUAUUUGGAUGGAUUAGCGCUGCACUGGUAUUGGGAUGAAAUAUUCGGCAACAGCUUUAUCGAGCAGACCACGGAAUAUGUCCCCGACAAGAUUAUGAUAGUAUCGGAGUCGUGCAUCGGGGACAAGCCCUGGCAGGCCGCUGCUCCCCUGCUGGGAAGUUGGGAACGGGCCGAGAAGUACGCCCGUGACUACCUGCUCAACAUCAGACUGGGCUUCCACGGCUGGAUCGACUGGAAUAUAGCUCUGGACGAGGUGGGCGGUCCCAAUUAUGUGGACAACACAGUGGAUGCCCCAGUCAUUGUCAACACCACAACCUUCGAGGAGUUCUACAAGCAGCCCAUGUUCUACGCCAUUGGUCACUUCUCCAAACUGGUUCCGGAGGGAUCCGUUCGUAUAGAUGCCGUGCCCAGUAACGUCAAUCUGGAUUCGGUGGCUUUCCUACGACCGGACAACAAAAUCGCCGCUGUUCUAUUCAAUAGCGGUCGCGCUGAUCUGGACAUCACUCUGGUGGACACUGUACGGGGUCAGUUCAUCGUCAAUGUUCCGGCCAAGUCCAUUCACACCUUGCUCUACAGUUAAAUCAAUUUUUGAUAAUUAAAUACAAAAUUGAGAAGAAAAAAAAUGAAUAAAAUACAUUUUUAAAACAAAACAUA